AAUGGAUACUGCUAACCAAUAUGUAAAAUUAAAUGUAGGUGGAGCACUUUUUCAUACAACAUUGGGUACUUUACUUAAAUAUGAUUCAAUGUUUAAAGCAAUGUUUUCUGGACGGAAUGAGGUUUUUCGUGAUUCUGAUGGUUAUGUGCCUAUUGAUCGUUGUGGAAAACAUUUUGGAUUGAUCCUAAAUUUUAUGAGAGAUGGAACAGUUCCGUUACCAGAUUGUCGUACUGAAGUUCAGGAGAUUAUUAUUGAGGCUAAAUUUUAUUUGAUUCAGGAAUUGGUAAGCUUGUGUGAAUCUUGGUUUAUAAACAUGGAAAAAGCUCAAGUUGAGCCAAUUGGUGUUUGUCAAGUACCUGUGGUUAUGUCAAAGAAACAGGUUGAACGAAUUUGGCAAAGCUCUACGGGUCGUCCAGUAAUUGAAUUGCUUCUAAACCGAAAUAACAACAAAUAUAGUUAUAAUACAAGUUCUGAUGAAAACUUUCUUCGUAAUCAAGAGCUUUUUGAUAAAUUAUUGUUGCGCUUUAAUUCUUCUAAAAAUAAUAAUGUUCUCUUCAUUAAAAAUUUGGGUAUUGGCAGUCCAGAAAUUUGUCAAUGGACUUUUUAUGGAAAUGCUAGCCGUAAAGUUGAGGUUAUACUUUUUAAAGUUUAUUUUGUAAGGGGUUCUUGUUUGCUUAAUUUUUUAAUUUAA